AUGUCCAUCUUCGCAACCCACCCAUCCCCACCCUCACCUUACCCGCCCACGGCCGCCUCAACCCAGUCUCUUCGCACCCACCCAUCCCCACCCUCACCUUACCCGCCCACGGCCGCCCAUACCCAGUCUCUUCGCACCCACCCAUCCCCACCCUCACCUUACCCGCCCACGCCGCCCCAUACCCAGUCUCUUCGCACCCACCCAUCCCCACCCUCACCUUACCCGCCCACGGCCGCCCAUACCAGUCUCUUCGCACCCACCCAUCCCCACCCUCACCUUACCCGCCCACGGCCGCCCAUACCCAGUCUCCUCGCACCCACCCAUCCCCACCCUCACCCUACCGCCCACGGCCGCCCAUAUCCAAGUCUCUUCGCACCCACCCAUCCCCCACCCUCACCUUACCCGCCCCGGCCGCCCAUACCAGUCUUCUUUUCGCACCCACCCAUCCCCACCCUCACCUUACCCGCCCACGGCCGCCCAUACCCAGUCUCUCGCACCCACCCAUCCCCACCCUCACCUUACCCGCCACGGCCGCCCAUAUCCCAGUCUCUUCGUCCCCACCCUCCUUUCCGCCCACCCGCCCCAUACCCAGUCUCCCGCACUCCCCCACCCUCACCUACCGCCCACGCCCGCCCAUUACCCAAGUCUCUUCGCACCCACCCAUCCCCCACCCUCACCUUACCCGCCCACGGCCGCCCAUUACCAAGUCUCUUCGCCCCCCCCAUCCCCCCACCCUCACCUACCCGCCCACGGCCCCCCAUACCGUCUUCUUCGCACCCAGCCCAUCCCCAGCCUCAACCUUACCCGCCCACGCCGCCCAUACCCAGUUCUCUCGCACCCACCCAUCCCCACCCUCACCUUACCCUCCCACGGCCGCCCGCAGACCCAGCCGCUAAGCGCCCACAGCUCAUCGAUAGCAAGUUUUAUAAAUUAUUCGCGGAGGAACUUUAG